ACGCGGCAAACCGUGCGAAGAUUGCCGAGAUGGACAGUCACGGCUUCCCAAACGGUUUUCACGAAGAAGAGAUCGACGCCGUGGCGAUGGCGGUGACUGCUGUUGUCGUGAACACGAUGGGCGACAUGGAGUCCUCCUCGCGCAACAUGCUGAUGCGGCUCCGCCAACGAAGAGCGCUGUUGCAGAGUGUUGCCGAGGCGCCGGAUUGCACGGUGCUGUGUGAGGCAGUCGUCCAGUUGUGUGCCACGCUGUCGUUUGGCAUUUUCCCGCGGCAGACUCUGCGGUGGUGGAUUGGACGACGGACUGGUGGAACAUGGGAGGACCUCCGACUUUGCGACGACGCGACGGACGAGUACUACCGGCAGAAGCUGCGCAUGUCGACGGCCAUGUUCACCCAGAUCGUAGCCGCGUGCGCCGCGUACAUAGAGAAGAAGGUGACGCACUAUCGAAUGCCAUUGCCAGUGGAGCAGCUGAUUGCUUUCGCGUUAUACAGGUGGGCGUCCGGAGAGACGUACGAGAGCGGCACGUCAGCCUUCGACAUCGGCAGGGCAACUGGACUGCAGGACGUCCGCGACGUCACUUCGGCGCUGCUGCAGGCGUACCUCGACGCGAUAAAGUGGCCAAUGGGCUGGAGACGUGCGCAGAUUCUGCGCGCUUUUCGUGAUAAGGGUUUCCCAAACUGCUUCAGCGCUAUCGACUGUACACACAUUUAUAUUGACAAGCCCGCCGGCGCACCUUCCGAGAACUACUACGACCGCAAACAGAAGUUCUCCGUGCAGGCGCAUGUGGUUGUGGAUAUGGAUCUGCGGAUCCUCGACAUCCACGUAGGAUACCCGGGAAAAAGUGGCGAGCUGUUCGACGCAACUCCGGAGAAUCUGCUGCACGGUGUCGUCACGCGAGGCUACCUGCUGGGCGACAACGGUUAUCCAGUUGCCUGUCCGUGGAUCGUGCAGCCGUACGGAGGAAUCGACCAAGGUGCUGACGAGGAGCGCUUCGACACGCAGCAAAAGGUGGCACGGGGUUGUGUGGAGAGGGCAUUCGGCCGAGUCAAGUAUAUGUGGCGUCUGUUCUUGCGCACCCAUAAGACGAACCUCGAGACCUUGCCACAACAAUUCGUGGCUGUCUACACUUUCCACAAUAUCCUCCUGGACGCGGGGAUCGACUUCGACGAGAACCUUUUGUGGGAGGUGGAUGUGAAUGGUGUUUGGCAGAGAGUGGACUUGGGCAUUGUGGGGAACGGCGCACGCGGGCGGGGACGGUGCACAAAUGUGGAAGGGGAAUUGUUGAGGGAUGCACUGCGAGACCACCUAGCUUUGAUGUAGGACAGUGCGGUUGGGAGG